AUGUCUGAACACAAUGAACUCCGUCGAUCUGUCUCCAGCGGGAGCGUCUACGAUGAUCAACUACCCAGUUUGCUCUUCGCAGCCCCAUUUCCUCGACCGGUAAACCAGGAUGCUGUGCGGGACUCCAGCCCUCCAUUGUUACUUUUUACGUUCCCUCGAUCGGUAUACGAGAAACCACCGAUUGAUCCAUCAACAGGAAAGCCAGGCAAGGAGAAAUUUGUUAAGAAGGCCGAGCGAGUUUGGCAACAAGAAGUCAAGGAAGGAUAUGAGAUCAAGAGAGGGGAGCACGCAGAGGCGGGUUUCUGGAAGAGAUUCAAAGGGGGUGCUGCUAGGGUUGGUGACGGCGCACUCAAGUAUAUGGCCGAUAAUACGAUGGAGACUUUGGGACGCUUGCCACCCAAACACAAACUUGGAACACUGAACGUAGUAUAUCCCGCCGCGAAAGAUUCUUCACCCGCCUUGAAUAUACCCGGAUAUAAUGAAUUUGAGAUGAAGGAAGCCUUUAUAAAGAUGCUCAAGACGGCCAAGACUCAAGCUACCAGAAAAUCACUCAUCUCCGGUUGUUUGCUGCCAGUGACCUUCUUCAUUGAUUUCUUUACCUUCAUUCCAAUGCCUCUUUUUGAGGUCAACAUAGCGUAUUUCGGCUUGCAAGCAAAUGGAGCUCGAAAAGUGAUGGCUUUGACUAGUGCAGAAAGCCAAGCUAAGAAAGGGAGUCAAUCUGGAGAAGAAAAGAAUGUUCCAUCAACUAAUGAACCGGUCUUCACGUUUGGACAAGCUGAACCUUUCACAUUCACGAAUAUCCUGGAGUAUCUUUAUUUCCAAUGCUCAAAGCUAGACAAGGAAAAGUUCCCACCGGUACUUGAAUCAGCUCCAGAGGAUUGGACUUUGGAUACGAAUGAUGUUGAAGGCAUCAUAGCUGAAUUUGAAGAAUCUUUACCAGAAGAAGUCACAAAGCGACACUUACUCAAUGCUGAAAGAGUAGCUGAAGAUAUUAGUCGAACUUUAACCAAAGCAGCUAAGGCAUAUGUCAAGUCACUCAAAUGA